AUGGCCUCCUCGGCCGCCGGCGGAGACCCAGUGGCGGUCGCCGUGGCCGUGCGCGGGGACGGCCGCGCCAGCCGCCGGGCCGCCAGGUGGGCCGCCGCCAACCUCGCCACCGUGCCCGGCCGCGUCGCGCUCGUCCAUGUCAUCCCGCCCGUCUACUUCGUUCCCUCCCCCACGGGGGAGAGGGUGCCGGUGGAGAGGAUGGAGGCGGGGGUGGUGGAGAUGUACGCGCAGGACAGGAGGGCGCGCGCGCAGGACGUCUUCCUCCCCUUCCGCCGCCUAUGCGGCCGCAGAAGCGUGGAGACGGUGGUUCUGGAGGGGGACAGCGUCGCGGAGGCGCUGGCGAGGUACGCCGUGGAGUCCGGCGUCCGCAACCUGGUGCUCGGAUCCGCCUCAUUGCCCUGGUUCAGGAGGAUAUUUCGGCUCCAAGAUAUGCCCGCUACUGUUCUAAAAGCCAUGCCGUGUUCCUGCAAUGUAUUUCUUGUGUCCCGGCGCAGAUUAACUAUAAAAUUUGCAAACCAGGCUCAAACAGGCAAGGCAUACACUUGUGUAAGGAUCAAGUCACUUACCCAUAGAUCAUUUUCCCUAAUGAAGAGGAACUGGUCGCAAGAAAAACAAUCAUUACGUGACCUCCCUGAUGACGAGGCACCAAAAUAUUCUGGAGUUAAUAGUUCUGACUCGUGCUCUCAGUUGUCCAGUUCUCUUAGCACUUCUACGAAUGCUGUUAAAAGUUCAGAAAGUCAUGGGAGAUGCCUUUUAGGAAACCUUGGUCGAAAGACACCUGGGAGAAGAAGGGACAAAGAAUUUGAUUCUAUUAGUCAACUGAAAGAAUUUCUUUAUGUAUCCUUGAAAUCAGUUGAAGAGUCUCAACCUAUUGAUGACGUAGCAGAACUGAGGAAGGAGUUGCAGGGUACAGCGACGAUAUAUCAUGAAGGUAGUGAAGAUCUUGUCCAUGCUAAGAAAAAGAUCCAGGUACUUCCUAAUGAGUGCAGUGAAGAUUUGAAGAAGGUGCAAGAUGCAUUACAGAGGGAGGAUUUGAAACAGAUAGAUAAUCGCAAACAUUCCAAAGCUGUUAGAGAAGCUGAGGUGGUGAAAGAGGCAUUCGUUAAUGAGGCUUAUUCCAAGCACGAGGCUGAAAUAGUAGCUAAAAUUAUGACUACUGAGAAGGGAAAGACUGUGGAUGCUCUAUUGUCGACAGAGAAAAGUUGCAGGCGUUACUCGAGACAUGAAAUAGAACUCGCUACUGAUUACUUUUCUGAUGCAAAGAAGAUUGGUGAGGGGGGCUAUGGGAUUGUAUACAGGUGCACCCUUGAUCACACUGAAGUAGCUGUCAAGGUUAUCCAGCAAGAUUCCAGGGACAAGAUUAAUGAGUUCUUUAAAGAGGUUGAGAUUCUAAGUCAGCUUCACCAUCCCAACUUGGUUUUGUUGCUUGGUUUUUGUCCUGAAAUUGGAUGCCUUGUAUAUGAAUACAUGGAGAAUGGAAGUCUAGAAGAUCAACUCAGUAACAAGAAAGGCUGCCAACCACUGCAUUGGUUUCUUCGCUUCCAAAUAAUAUUUGAGGUAGCUCGCGGGCUUGCUUUCUUGCAUGGAACUAAACCAGAGCCCAUUGUGCAUCGUGACCUGAAGCCUGGAAAUAUCUUGCUGGACAAGAACUAUGUAAGCAAAAUAGGCGAUGUAGGUCUGUCGAAGCUCAUAUCGGAUCUUGUACCAGAUGGUUUGACAGAAUACAGAGACACCGUCAUCGCUGGCACACUGUAUUACAUGGACCCCGAGUACCAAUUAACUGGGACGGUUCGUCCGAAAUCGGAUCUUUUUGCUUUGGGGGUCAUCAUUCUUCAACUACUAACCGGAAAGCUUCCGCAUGGGCUGAUAGUUAGUGCAGAAGAGGCGAUCCAAAAAGGAAUGUUUUCUGAUAUACUUGACAAGUCUCAAAGUGAUUGGCCAAUAGCCGAGGCAGAGAUGCUGGCAAAGCUGGGGCUGCAUUGCACGGCGCUAAGAUGCAGGGACAGGCCUAACCUCGAAUCGGAGGUGCUUCCGGAGCUCGAAAAUAUUCUAAGUAGGGUUACCGCUUCUCCUCCAAAGCUAAGAAGCCCAGAUGUAGCUGUGCCAAGCCACUUCAUCUGCCCUAUACUGCAGGAGGUGAUGGAUGAUCCUUACGUUGCUGCUGAUGGGCACACCUAUGAGCACAGGGCAAUCAAAGCUUGGCUCAAGAAACACAAGACCUCCCCAAUUACGAAACGCAGGCUUCCGAAUCUGUCCAUAAUUCGGAGCAAUUCUUUGCAAGAGGCGAUACAGCAAUGGAAGCAGACAUCUAGAUGAUUGAUUUGCUUGUGGUUGUAUAUAUUUCUUUUUUUCGGUUAUGAUUUUUGGUUCCACUGUAAAGAAAGAGAUAACUGUAUAUCAUCGUAGAGAGAAGACUUGGUUCACUAACUGAUUCAUUUUGCCGGCUUACAUUCAGAGCAGGUUCAGCCUAAAUGGCUUCCUGCUAUUAAGAGACAUGAAAUAACUACCGAAUCUGGAGUACCCAAGUGCUAGCGUGACAUGUUUUUUCUUCUUUUGGAAGUUCUACGUAUGAU